UAUUCCGUCCAUGAAGUGAGCCUUUAUUAGUCGGCAUCGCUCGGAUCUUAUCUCGCAUAUGACACUCGCUGGAAGAAGGGAAAGGAGCGGGGAUUAUCCGCGCACUGCCUUCCGAUCCGCCGCUUCCUCCCACGGAGAGCCUCGCUUAUCUCGCCCCUUUAUCUCCCAUCUUCCACGGGCGGAUGGAGCAGUAGCCCCGGCUGCACUUUCUCCACUAUCUGCCCAUCUCCUCUAUUGUCUCUCCGUCGCUGGGAUCACACGGGGGCAGCGCUGAUCCCCCCCGAUCAUCAGCAUCCUUAUCAGCUGCUCUCAUCAGCACCACACUCCGGGACUGCGUUUAUUUAUUUAUUUUUCCCUCCCCCUCCUCUUUUAUAUUUUGAUCAGCAGAAAUAUUUCCAUGCUUGACCCCAAGUUGCAAGCCGAAAAAGAAAAAAGUCGAACAAGUCUUGUUUCUCCGCGUUCCGGUGAAGCUCCAUCCUCUGAAACCCCUCAUGGCUGGAAUAAUAUGAGUUCAUUUGGAGUUGAAGCUCCGCUCAAGAGCGUUUUUUAAAGUUCAUUCCAAGAAAAUAAAUUACCUCCAAACUCUUUGUCAAGGUUCUUUAGGAGGAGUGACUGCCAACACCGGAGAAUAAAAAUGAUGCUGAGCCCGGACCAGGCUGAGGCGGAUCUCUCCUGGACUCAGUCCGACCCGGAGACGAUCCUCAACGGCCUCAAGUCGGCCGGCUGCGCCUCGGACGAGCCGGCGGAGGGCGAGGACAGGACCAAGUGCAAAGCCGAGCAGCCCCUGAGCCGAGAGGAGAAGAGGAGGCGGCGGAGGGCCACGGCCAAAUACCGCUCGGCCCACGCCACCAGAGAGAGGAUCCGGGUGGAGGCGUUCAACGUGGCCUUCGCGGAGCUGAGGAAAUUACUGCCCACCUUGCCCCCAGACAAGAAACUCUCCAAGAUCGAGAUCCUCAGACUGGCUAUAUGCUACAUCUCCUAUCUCAAUCACGUGCUGGAUGUGUAGAAGUGACCCCCUAAAAACACACAAACACACACAGAGACGGUUUGGUUCGGAGGCUGGACUCAGAGCGCACGCUGGGCGUAAUUUGGGUAUGGCAAGGUUGGCACUGAGGGGCUGAUGGAGGAGGUUGUAAAGCAGAUGAGCUGCAUUUUUAAAUUUGCACAGUUGAUAUUUUUGUGCAAGCAUUUUCAAUAUGUCAUUUUAAUGUGGCAAAAAUAGGAAUUUUAGGAUUUAAAGCAGCAGCCACAACUCUUUCUUGUGUGCGCUUUUACGCACACAUCCAUUCCUGAAUGUUAAAAAAAGGCAAAACCACAUAUUUAUAAAACAGCUUUCUGCUAAUUGGCUGCUGUAAAAUGUUAUUGGCUCACUUUACAAACAGAUAAAUCGAUCUAACACCUGCGACAUGAGCUCUCAUUUCUGCUAAACUGCAAAUCUUUUAAGUUGUAACGACAAAAACGCACCAUAUGGAGCAAAAUCGGUUCCAUCAUUUCUCCUAUAAAUUGACCCGCCUUGCUGCCCUGAUGCUGGGACUUUGCCACAUCUCAUAGCUGAGUUACUCCCUCAGUGUGACUCCACGUUGUAAAGGUGCAGAGUUGUGGGGAUAAAAGUGCUCCGAAAAGCCUCAACUUUCCCGUCCAGACCGCUCACUGAACAACCAGCGACAAGCGCCGAGCCGUUUGAGCUGUUGGAUGCAAUAAUGAGAUUUUUUUUUUUUUUCCCGGAUCUCCAGUGGGGGAAGAAGGUUCUGUCAGAGCCCCGCAGGCUCCCAGGUCUCCUUCCUAAAAGUCAUGUAGUGGAGGAUAGAAAAUGUGGAUUCAGCAGCAACAAGAUCCAAACAAGAAUCUUUCCAUUUUAAUUCGAUUUUUCCACAUUUACUCAACACCAUCAAUGAUGUUUAUUCGAUUUUAAUUCAUAUCAUUCAUACAUUUCUGCCUAAAAAACACCCUCCCUUUUAUGCCAAUCUGAUUAAACAACACUGGGGGCAUUUUUUCACAUCGAAAUGAAAGGAUGUAAACGAGAUAGCUGCUUUAGAAUCUAGCUUAGUUUUCCGCAAAGGAAGAAAAAAAUAUUCAAUGCGUAAGUGCCACUUAUGACAUAUAAAAUUGUGACCUUAAUCAUUUUUUUUAAAGUGUAUGGAAUAAUUUAUUUAAUUGUGUUGAUAUUUAAGGCUUAUUUAUUUCUGUUGAUAUCAUAGGCUGGCGUCUUUCUGUAUAAAUGUAUAUCGUUUGUUGCUUCUAUAUUUUAGGCUGUGAAAUUGAACUUGGAAAGUGAUGGUGUUCUACUCUUAAAAAUGGCACUUUCUGUUAAAUCCAUAGCAUAACUUAUUCGUUUUGAUGUAUGUUUGAUGUCUCUUUUGGUUUUCAUUGUCUGUUGUCUUUGAAAAAGCAACGAUAAGCACUUCAAGGUGGGCUCAGUGGCCCCAGAUGAUCCCUAAAAUGAGUGAAGAAGAAUUGGGCUGCUAAUUUUAAAUAACGACAACAAUAAUAAUAAUUUUAAAAAAAAACACUUUCACUGACAGAAUAAUGUCAUAACACCAAGGGGUUAUCAUCCAACCUCUUUUUUCUUCUGCUGUGACCAAAAAAAAGAAGGAAUUAUUUCGAAAAAUAGUCUGAUUUAUUAUCUUCGAUGUGUUGAUGUUAUUUAUUUGCUUUCUUUGAUUAAUUGGGUUAUUUAUUUGUCUCUGCUUUGUAUUACAAAAAUUCAAUAUGUAAUUUUAUAGUGCAAGGAAAGAAAAAAACCUAUCCUCUAUCCAAAGAUUUUUUGUCUCUUCAGGGUUGUGUAGCUACUUGUUGCUUUAUGCAGAUCUUUUGUAGUAGAGGUAUCGUGUGACAGCUGGUUUCUAAUGGACAAACUUUUUCAUAUUUUCCGGUGUUAUUUUUAAUUAAAAAUGAAAUACUGAAAAAAGAAAA